UUUCGUCUUUUGAAACGAUUUAAAUUACGUAAAAAAUACUUUCUGUAUUAUCAUAAAUAAUAAAAAUAUUUAGGUGGUAUAUUUCAAGGAGAACUUAGAAAUAAUUAAAAAAGUUGCAUCGAUUUUUGAUAACACUAAUCCACAAUAUCUAAUCAUAAGAAAAAUUAUAAAAGUAACAUUAGAGAAGUCUUCUUCUCUAAUAGAUGUUUUAAAAAAGUUAAAAAAAGAAAAAAGGGAAAAAAAAGAAAAAAGAAAUUGAGAAACUCCGUUAGAAAAAAAAUCAUUUUAUACUAUUAAUUAAGAACUAUUAAUUACUAUUAGACACUAUUAAGAAUUCGAUAAAGGAAGCGAAAAAAAAAUAUAGAUUAAAAGACAUGAAUAAAUAAAAUAUUAAAACGUGGACCAAGUUAAUUAUUAGUUUACAACGUAAUAUAAAAAUGAUUACAAUAUCGAAAAGUUACAAACGUUUUAAACAUUUAUCAAUUUCGUGUCUGUCAAAACAAAAAACAGUUUACUGCUUAGUAAGUAAACAAUUUAUUAAGUAUCGAUUAAAAUAAUAAAUUCUUUUCUUUUCAAGUUCGAUUUCUACGAAGGUUUAAACGUUGCAAAAUAUAACUCAUUGUGUGAUCAAUAUUUUUCAACGAGUGUCAUUCUUAUCUGUGCCACCAUUCGAAUCUUCUAUGGAUUUUUCAUCAUUUUUUGCAUCAUCGAACAUUCUUAAAAUGAUUCUGGACUUUGGAAAAUGUGUAUUCCUGAUUCAGUUGGUGGAUGUAAUGAAUGAACCGGUGAUCGUUAAUUCGCCAUGCCCGAAAUUUUUUCGUUACAUUCGGAGCAAUGCUAUCGAAACAAUGGGACAGAUCAAAAUACCGUCUCCGCCGAAAAAUGUUCCGUUACAUUUGAAAAUAAAAUUAACCGUGUCAGCAUUGUUACCCACUAAAUAUAAUGGUCGAUUGAAAUUGGCGCAAUCGUUAGAAGAAUCAGUGAAAGCGAUUCAAGAGAACAGAUCGUUGUAUUAUUUAGUUUAUUUUCCUAUAUACCGACCAAUACCGAUAUUAACAGGUAUAUGGUUGAACGAUCAGGAAUAUUGUAGUGCUCCACCAUCAUUAGGAAUUAUUGUGACGUCAAUUUUUUUGGAACAUAUAUUGUUACCACCUAGAAUAUUAUUGAUAUCUAAAAAUCAAGGAAACAACGAUAAUGUGGUGCCAAGUUUUAAUGAUUUUUUAUUAUCCAAUCCAUGUCGAUUUCCAUUGAUUUUAUCAUUGGAAAAAGAACAGCCAGCAUUGGACUUACAAUUUCCCUCCAACGAUGACAAUACUUAUAACAUUUCUAAUGGAUCAAUUAAUAAAUGUUGUCAACGCAUUAGUAAUAAUACUCUUGUUACAUCUAGGAAGAUAUCUAUGGAUCAAUGGCCUUGGAUGGCUGCUAUUUUUGUUAUGAGAAAUAAAUUAGAUUUGCAGUGUGUCGGUAGUUUGAUUACAAACAAACAUGUCAUCACAGUAGCGCACUGUAUAAAAAUGUACAAUGUGAUCGUACCAAUAAAUACUAUGGUCGUUUCUUUGGGACAUUAUCAUAUAAGAAAUUGGAAUGAAACAGAGUUGACCAAUCGAAAAGUAGAAGAAUAUAGAUUACAUCCAGACUUUAAGGAUGAUUUAAAAAAUCCAACGGCUGAUGGAGAUCUCGCCAUUAUCAUAUUAAAAAAUCCAGUCAAUUUUUCUCCAUUUAUUAGACCAGUUUGCCUUUGGUCUGGAUCGAAUGAUUUAGAAGACGUAAUCGGUUCCACAGGAUAUGUUGUUGUUUGGGAUCACAAGGAUUUAAUUAAUCCUUAUUUGGAUAAAUCUCGAUUGAUCAGAAUGACAAUAAUGUCUCAAGAGGAUUGUCUUCGGAGCAAUGCAGCUUUUGUAACUCUCACGUCAAAUCGUACUUUUUGUGCUGAUUCUAAAAACAAUAAUGGACCGUGUAAUGGUGAUAGUGGAAGUGGAUUGUUAAUACAAAAAUUUUAGUCGAUCAACUUGUAGGAGAUUUUUGUCACGAUAGAACAAGAGUUUCUACAUCAAUUUCUGAAAUCAGACUAAACGGAAAAUAAUUCAUACAAUGAGGAAAGGUGCAAAGAGGGACUGCGUUGUGUGCUCUAAAAGGAAACAAAUGGAUGGCAGACGUCAAGCAAGUGAUUACUGUGACACUUGCCCAAGUAAAUCCAGAAUGCACAUAGGAAAUUAUUUCCAAAGAUAUUACACCAUGGUGAAUUACAAAAUUUAAAAUUUAUCUUUUUUUUACAAUAGGAAAAUGCAUAUUUAUAAAAUAAAUAAAAUCAAAUGCAUUCACAAGGACAUAUAAUCUUUUCCGCUCAAAAUAAGACAUCCUUUAUCUCAGGCGCUCCGCUCCAAAAAUGUGCCGGAGUUGUUGGUAGGCAAUACUCGAGAAACGCGCGGAGCAUUAAGGGUUAAUGAAAGUAAACUUAACAUAUUUAGGUUGAAUAAAUGAUAUACUGUAUGGAGAAAAAAAAACACCGAAUAUGAGAAAAACAAUUUGUAGGCAUUCAUAAAAUAUUUGUUGUUCUUAAAGCAGGAGUUGGAUAUCUCCAUUUUAUCGAUGGUAUCAUGGACCAUAAAUUAUAUAUUGAUAAUUUAAAACAAUAUUUUUAAGUUAGUACAAAUAAAAUUGGAUUACAGGACAAUUAUGUGUUUUUACGAGAUAAUGAUCCAAAGCAGAAUACAUGAUAAUGGAUCCUGUAUAAUGUACUAAAUCAAUUAAAAAUCUUCCCACAGUCUUUAAACUUGAAUGUUAUAAAAUAUUUAUGGAGUUAUCUCGAAGAAAAAAUUCGUGAUCAUCAUAUUUCUUCAAAGAAAGAUUUAAAAAAUGGACUCUUAGAAGAGGAAUAAAAUUUCUAGAACUAAAAUCAGAAAUUUAAUAAAUUCGAUGGCACAAAGACUUAAAACGAUUAUACAAUCUAAAAGAAAUCCCAUUAGAUACUAAAAUUAUAAAUAAAUUGCUAUUUAUUUAUUACGUUUAUGUAUUAAAUUGUA